AUGGCGACAAUGAAAGACCAACGCGAUCAAACUCUAGCCGAGCAUGGAUUUUGCUUGUUCCCAGCUUUAAACACCGCACACGAAAGCAAGGAUUCCUGGCACUUGAUUACGCUGCCGCCCAGCAACAUUGAUGCUCGCGCUGACGUUGACCAUUCGGCCCUCUUCCGACUCGCGUGGUCCAUAAUACUAAGGGCAUAUUCCGGUAAAGAUGAGCCGUUGUUCAUCUACAAUGAUCGCACGACGAGGCAGAACGGCGAUGGGCUGAAACGGAACACGGUACUACGAGUCGAUCUGCCAAAUGAGUGCAUUUCCCAAAAGCUUCUUGAUGGAGUUUCUGAAAAGGUGCUUGCUAUUGAUUAUCAAGGACCCAGAAUCUGCAAUACUGCCAUCAGCUGGGGACGAGGAGAGAGUGAUUCGGAGGAGAUCAUUGGCAAGCCAACUUUGAGCAUUGCCAUUCAUGCUUGGGUCGACCAAGGAGACCUCCGGAUGCUGUUUCGGUAUCGGCUGUCGCUUCUCUCAGACGACCAAGCCAUGCAGGUCAUGGAUUCCUUGAUCCAUGUCAUGAACCAGUUGAUUAAGGCCCAACCGAUGAAUUCCAUCGAAUUAUGCUCCGAAAAGACUUAUUCGCAGCUAUUGCAAUGGUUUACGGGACCAAUCGACAACGAACCUCAUUUCGUUCAUGAUCUCAUCGUUGAACAAUGCCGGAAUCGCCCCGAAGAACUCGCUGUCCGUGCUUGGGAUGGGAAUCUCACUUACCGUGACCUCGAUUUCGAGUCCGACAAGGUUGCUCGGAGGUUGGUUGGCGAGGGAGUCGGUCCAGGGACCUAUAUUGGGCUUUAUUUCAGAAAGUCCAAGUGGACGACGGUCAGCGUCUUGGCUAUUCUGCGAUCAGGGGCGGCGUACGUCUUUCUGGACACUUCAUUCCCCAACGAUCGUCUCGAGGCAAUGUGUCAGCAGGUUGGUAUUGGGAUUAUCUUAUGCCCGGAACACUUGAUUCACGAAGCGAGGAGGUUGGGCAGAAACGUCCUACCAAUUGACGAUGGAACUGUCGAGGCAUCCCUCCCACAGGAUCAUAUUCACGACAUCCAACUAACCACAAAGAGACCACCCAUGCCGUCUGAUGCAGCCUAUGUGAGCUUCUCUUCUGGCUCAACAGGUGAACCAAAAGGGUCCAUCGUGCCACACUCAUCAUACACCUUUGCCCAAAAAAGGUUUACGGAGUAUGUUGGAUUGACUUCGGCGAGCAAGCUUUUCCAGUUCUCGUCCUACGGUUUUGAUCAAGUCAACUACGAGCACCUGUCACCACUCAUGGUUGGAGCGUGCAUCUGCGUGCCGUCGGAGGAGGAUCGAAGGGACAACAUUCCCAAAGCUAUGAAGCAACUAGGAGCAAAUACCCUAGCCUUGACUCCUACGGUCGCGAGGCACCUGAGACCAUCAGAGCUUCCCACGCUGGACACUCUCUUACUGCAGGGCGAGCCUUUAUCGCAGGAUGAUAUGCAUUGGACCCAUCACUGCCAUGUCAUAAACGGCUAUGGACCUUCCGAAUGCUCUGGGUACACUACAGCACAUCAUUUUCAACCUGGGGACAAACACCCUGCAGUCAUCGGCCGAGGAGUCGGAUCUCAAUGCUGGGUCGUAGAUCCAGGCGACCCUCAGAGAUUGAUGCCUAUCGGGGCCAUCGGGGAGCUUUUGAUUGAAGGACCAGCCGUUGGAGAUGGGUAUAUUGCGAACGGGACAAAAACGAAGGAGUGUUUCAUCGACAGUCCAUGUUGGAGAUCCAAGUUUCCCGGAAACCCGGCUAGGAAGCUUUACCUGACCGGUGAUCUCGUCCAAUACGUAUCGGGUGGAGAACUGCGUUAUCUUGGACGCAAGUUUGGGGAGGCAAAGUUACGCGGGCAGAGAUUGGAGCUAUCGGAAGUCGAGUACCAUGUACGUCAAGUCUUCGGUGAAGAUACAUCGGUGGUAGCCGAGUUGGUGAUUCCAAAAGACAGCCCCAAGGAUUCCAAGAUCCUAGUCGCCUUCGUCAAGUACCGUCAUAGAAGUCAGUCUGCCUCAGAUCUGAGCGAGAGCUUGUUUGUCCCUCCAUGCCCGAACUUCAGAGUGAAGGCUCAAGCAGCGCUGGCUCAAAUACGGGAUAGUCUGCCUUCAUUCAUGGUUCCAUCAAUCGUUUUAGAGCUUUCAACAUUUCCAACUACAAGAACUGGCAAGACAGAUCGCGCUCGGUUGAGGAAACAAGCUUCCCUAUUGUCCAGAGACGAACUCGAAGAUUACAUUCGAACUCGAGGCAGAAAGACAGCACCGGCCACAAAGAAUGAGCUCAUCUUACACGGGCUUGUCAAACAAGUCUUGUGUUUAGGUGAGUUUGGAAUGAACGACAACUUCUUUAGCCUAGGGGGCGACUCUAUUUUGACCAUGGAUCUCACAAGAUUGUGUCGAGAUGCCGGAUUCGAUCUGCUUUCGCAGACCAUAUUCGAAACGCCCAUCCUCGCUGAAAUGGCGAAAUCCAUAACUCCAUGCGCUGUUGAAGACGAGGUUCCAGAGUUUUCAUUGCUUCCUCCAAAUCUUGUCAAGGAAGAAGCUCUAAAGGCCGCCAUGAGUUCUUGCAGGCUGCAAUCAAGUGAUGAGAUUGAAGACAUCUAUCCGUGUACACCUCUGCAAGAGGGCUUGAUGGCUGCUUCACUUUCAGGCAAGCAAGGAAACUACUUGAUCUCCGCAACAUAUUGCCUACCAAAAUUCAUUGAUUUGGGUCGACUUAAGGAAGCUUGGCAAACAGCAGUGAGGAACAGUCAAAUCCUGCGCACCAGAAUCAUUCACACGACGUUUGACCGGCCGCUUCAAGUGGUGACCAGAACGCCCAUGGAGUGGGAGCAGUACGACUCUAUAGACAAAGCCGUUUCCGCCGCUGCUUCCGAAGACAUGACACCUGGCAAGCCUCUGCUCCGGCUGAAGUUGGUCCACAACGGACACACAACGCACCUUAUGGUCAUCAUUCAUCAUGCAAUCUGCGAUGGCUGGUCAUAUACCCAAAUGCUCUCGGACGUGGAGCAGGCGUAUUACGACGUAGUGACACCACCAAUUCCAUUCAAGCAGUUCGUGAAAUACGUUGAAAGCCUCGAUGAAAAAAAAGUCUACGAGUUCUGGAGGACUGAGUUGGACAGCUUUGACGGGUACAUCUUCCCAAACCCACCCUCUGAAAUUCGGAGAGGCAAACCCAGCAGCAAGAAGACACUCAUUCGCUCGACAAACGUUGAAAUCCCCAAGGGGUCAAAAGCCACGGUGGCCACAGUUCUAAAGCUUGCCUGGGCACUGACACAGUCACAAUACUCCGGCUCCCAUGACGUGGUUUUCGGAUACGUCGUUUCUGGGAGAAGCGUCCCGGUGAUGAAUAUCGGCAAAAUAGCAGGUCCUACAUUUUCCUCCAUUCCGCUACGUGUCAAGCUUGAUCGCGAUGCAAAGGUAGUUGAUGCGCUUCAGGAUCUUCAGACUCACAGUGCACGAUGCUUGCCAUUCGAGCAAGUUAGGUUGUCACGCAUAUCGGCGCUGAGCCCCGGAGCAGCCGCGGCCUGCAAGUUUCAGACUCUACUCAUUGUCCAACCAUGGCAAGCGGACCAGGCGUCCAGUAUAUUUGGAUCUUCGCCGGAUCAGUCAUAUUCAGAAGAGAUAGUGGACGACUACAUGCUUGUCGUAGAGGUCAAACUUGGCAAAAGCGCUGCCGUUGAUAUUGAGUUUCAAUAUGACGUUGAGGCCAUGACAACUGAAUUUGCCCAUGCUGUGAUAGAUCAAUUCCUGCAUUCCGUUUCAGAGGUGACGCGAAACGAGGACAAAUCAUUUAGAUCUAUGAGCCUGGUUAACCCUACCGACUUGAGGCGAAUCUAUGCUUGGAACAAUCAUGUGCCAGAGCCCAUAGACUGCUGUGUUCACGACGUGAUAGAUCGCCACUGUAUCUCAGCGUCGGAGAGACCCGCAGUGGUGGCAUGGGAUGGUGACCUUUCGUACGGGGAGCUCAAGAGCCGUGCAACCAAGAUAUCUAGACACCUUCAGGAAUCAGGUGUUGGACCGGGCACGUAUGUGAUGAUCCAGGCAGGAAAGUCUCUGUGGACUGUAGUCGCUAUGAUGGCAGUUAUGUAUUCGGGAGGCUCAUUCAUCUUGGUUGACCCGGCUCAGCCGAUGUCGAGAUUACACCAGAUACGUGAUGAUACCAAAGCAAGCCUGGUACUGACCAUAUCAUCUCUGAGCACUGCUGCGGCUGGACUUGGCAUUCAGGUUGUGGUCAUUGAUCAAGAGCAACUCGUACAAGCCCAGACUUCGACGUUUCAAAACGCGGCGGUAGCACCAACGAAUAUAGUAUACGUUGUCUUCACUUCUGGCACGACUGGGCGUCCAAAAGGAGUCCUGGUCUCUCAUCGCGCUUUUCUUACAAGUGCAGUCAUCAAUGGAGGUGCGCAGCACAUCGAUGAAAAGUCGCGGGUGCUUCAGCUAGCAUCUUUCACAUUUGAUGCUUCCAUCGCCGAGAUUCUCUACCCUCUAGUCCAUGGCGGGUGCAUCUGCAUUCCAUCGGAGCAGGAAUGCCGCACCAGCUUGGAGCAGUCAAUGAACAAAUACGGUGUCGCUUGGGCAACGCUAACCCCGUCACUUGCGAGGACUCUGAACCCAUCCAAGCUGACGACAUUAAAAGCCCUGGCACUCGGAGGAGAGGCAGUGAAGCAGAUCGACGUCGAUAUGUGGGCUGACAAGGUUUGGCUUGGUAACGGGUACGGUCCAGCAGAAAGCUCAGUUGACGCCGUGGUUCAGCCCAGGAUUCGCUCUGGCGACGAUCCGUCGGUCAUCGGCCGGAGCGUAGCCGGAGUCUCUUGGAUAGUAGACCCUGUUGAUCAUAAUAUCGUCAAACCAGUGGGCUCCGUCGGCGAGCUUCUCCUGGAAGGGCCAACAUUGGCUGAGGGCUAUCUGAACGACCCAGAGAAGACGAGUACAGCGUUUGUCGAGUAUCCAGACUGGCUUUUGGAACUCCGUGGCGGUAAGCAAGGGCGACUAUACAAAACCGGAGACUUGGUUCAGUAUAGUCUUCAUCUGGACGGGAAAAUUCAGUACGUCGGUCGUAAAGAUACGCAAGUCAAGCUCAGAGGCCAAAGGAUCGAGGUUGGGGAGGUCGAGCACCACCUGCGGGCCACCAUCACCGACGCGACAGAUGUAAUAGCCGAGGUUGUGACACCAAGUGACGCAGACUCCAGGCCAGUACUGGUAGCAUUUGUCGUGAUGGAAGGCGCCGAAUGCUUCAAGGACGACCUCUUCAUCCCAGCAGACCCAUCCAUGCUCCAUCGUUUCGGCAAACCCAAGGCGGUGCUCAGAGAUAUUUUGCCGGAAUACAUGGUUCCAAGCCUUUUCAUUCCGCUAGCAAGGGUUCCUCUAACCUCCAACGGAAAGAUAGAUCGACGACUUCUACGGUCUGAGGUGUCAAGGCGCUCACGAAGGGAGUUAUUCGCUUACGAAACCGCCGAUACAGUCAAGAAACAACCGCAAACAGCCGGGGAAAUCUUGUUGCAGAAGAUUGUGGCUUUUAUUUUGAAGGUAGAGACAUCGGAAGUUGGCAUGAAUGAUUAUUUCUCUCAACUCGGAGCUGAUUCCAUCGCUGCCAUGCAACUUGUUUGGCUUAUCCAGGAAAAUGGAUUUUCGCUACACAUGAAAGACGUUCUUGGCAGACAGAACUUGCAAAGCCUUGCUGCUUGCAUCUCCGAGUAA